GAACAUCGCGCGCGCGCGCGCACAUAUGUGAGUGUGUGUGUGUGUGUGUGUGUGUGUAUACUCGAAGACGCUGGUAAUCGCAGUAGUAGAGAACACGGUGAGGGGGCGUUUGCGAUGAGAUCGCGCGCGAGUCAACACGGGGUUAAGCAUCGCUAAUUAUCUUAGCCGCAGCGUAAUAGUGCGCUAAUUAAUCGGCGCGACUCGUUCCGACAUACCGCACUCCCUGCCGACUCCACGCUUCUCCGCUGCAAUCGUCGUCGACGUGAGCUCUUGUACGGAAACAAUGAAGUGGCUCUGGAUAAUCGUCUUGAUAGCUGUGGCUCUGCCAGCCGCUGUGCCGCGGAAAAUUCACAGAAGCAAACCCACGCCGCGACUGUACGGCGACCGGGUGCCCAUCCGGUUAAUAAGGACCAGCAGCAGUAAAGUGCGGCAGAAGAUUGUGGAGACCCACAAUUAUUUUCGCACGCAGGUCAAGCCAACCGCCGCCAACAUGCUCGUCAUGAAAUGGCAUCCGGGCUUAGCGAAGGCGGCGCAGAGGUGGGCCGAUCGCUGCCUCGGUUUAGUGCACGACAAUGCAACCGGCUUGUACCUGGACGGCUUCGGCCAGAGUGGACAAAACAUUUUCAUCAGCACGGGCCGCACGCUCUGGAACUUCCCCAUCAGAAUGUGGUACAUGGAGUACAAGGACUUCAAGUACGGGGCCAAUACGACGAAUGACGUCCUCGAGGUCGGCCAUUAUACGCAGGUGGUGUGGGCGACGACGCAUUUGGUCGGAUGCGGAGUGAGCCAUUGCACCGGCGGCAAGGGUCCGCUCGGCAAGGACUUCUACAUGUAUGUCUGCAACUAUGCGCCAAGUGGCAACUACAGGGGCCGCCUGGGCUUGCCCUACGUGGCCGGCAAGCCCUGCAGCGAGUGCAAGGACCACUGCGUGCAGGAGCAGCUCUGCACGAACGCCUGCUACUACACCGAUCUGUGGUCGAACUGCGCCGAGCUGGUCAGGACGUUCGACUCCUGGGUCUGCGAGACGAACACCAAGGAGGGCCGCGAGCGCCGGAAGUUCUGCGGCGCCACGUGCAACUGCAAGGACAAGAUCUACUACCAUUACGGGUAGGAGGAGGGCCGCUCGGCCCUCGCUGGUUGGGUCCACCGAGUUCCAUGACUAAUCUAAUCGCCAAACUAAACUCCCAUUAUCCCCCCGCCGCCCUCCCACACUUCUAUCCCCUCGGCCUCUGCGUCUUUAUUAUCAUGUCUUUGUCUGUCAUUCGCGCGCGAACAUUCUCGUACGCGGACCCGCUGGCGAGCACAACCACGACGACGGGGUCGCGACGGAUCAGUUUGCGCGGAAGAAUAUUAGCCUACAUCAAUAAUCGUCGUCGGAUGCCACGUGGUCGCUUUAUUACGAUCGUUCGUUCGCUCGUCGACUCGGCAACGUUUCUCAUUUAUUGCACAACAAGAGAACAAGGAUAAGCUGAGAUCACUUACGAGAUCAAAGGAGCGUUGAGCGAGUCGGGGGAGGGAUUAAUUUUUCAGUUGAGCUUCAUCACGCGUCGCGUCUUACUUUCGGGAUUAAAAUGUACAAACUUAUUCAAGCCUCCUUCUUCUUCGUCCCUGCAACUCAUUGUCUGUUUCGCUCGAAGACAGCUCGGUCGUUCAGCUUUGUGGCUCGGGAGUUGCUCGCGGAGCUCCUCCGCGAGGCUCGGGUCCAACCCCGCGUCGACGAGAAGCUGAAGCGGUAGAUGAAGCGAGAGAGGCGCGGAAUUCACGCGGAUUGCCAGAGGAGAGUCAGAGGACUUCGCGAUCCUCCGGUCCCGGAGCCUCCGCGGGGGACGAUCCUUUCUGCGUCGCGCGUGCUCCUCGCGACAGGACAUGUCUCUCGGCUUCGCGAGGCCUCGAGCUCUACCUAGGCUUCACGAGUUACCGAUUGCCGCGUAUCCACCCUUCUGUGUGUGUCUCGAGCGAAAUCACGGGGGUGUCAAUCGGAUCAGUUUGCGCGGAAGAAUAUUAUCCUACAUUAAUAAUCGUCGUCGGAUGCCACGUGGUCGCUUUAUUACGAUCGUUCGUUCGCUCGUCGACUCGGCAGCGUUUCUCACUUAUUGCGAGAACAAGGAUAAGCCGAGAUCACUUACGUGAAAGGAGCGUCGAGCGAGUCGGGGGAGGGAUUAAUUUUUCAUUGUUGAGCUUCAUCGCGCGUCGCGUCUUACUUUCGGGAUUAAAAUGUACAAACUUAUUCGAGCCUCCUUCUUCCUCCCUGCAAUUCGCUGUCUCGUAAGCGGAAGUAAAUCCCUGAUCGGUGCGCGAAUACGCGAGCAGCGUACACACACAUACACACACGUGUGCGUAAACACGCGCGGCAGAACAAAGUUACAGGAUUGGGUUCGCCAAGUUUUCAACGCGCUCGUGCCAUCAGCGACUCUCUUUAACGUACUUGCUCUUCCUAAGGAUACGAUUUCUGGUUAAGGCGCAUACGGGCGCCGAUUUGGAGGGCUGCCGUUCAGCCCCUCCCCCCCUCCCCCCCUAUGACUUUUGAAUACGUACAAGUAAACGAUUUUACACCGUAGCAAAUGUCGUCACACGUUCUUGCGGUCGCUUGCUGGCGUUCUCCACGUCAUAAUGUAAACGCCCACUCACGGUACAAUGUAGUCGCGACCGCGGACUUUUUCUCAAAGGGCGACAGGGCGGACAGGAUGACUCCGUGUCGUCGUCGUGUCGCGUAUUCCUUCACGAUUCUCAUCCCUGUUACUUCUCGCAUUCUGAAAUGCGCGCGGGUAACACGUGCAGCGACAGAGACUCUCCGGCGGCUUACAUCGUCACCGACGGAUCAUUAUAUUCUCGGCCUGCGCGUCGAAUAUUUACGGUAUUAAUUAUUUACGGUAUAAGCACGCGCAUGCAUCGCCGAUGCGUCGCAUCGAGCGCGCUAAUGGAGGAAUUCACUUAACGGAUAACGCGCGCGCGCUAAGCCAAUUCGAUUUCAUCUCAUUUCGGCGGAUCCAAUCGCGAAAUUCCGCUGACGUUCCUCGCGCCUCCAUCCCCCUCUCCCCUCCCCCGGCCGACCCCGGCCGCGCGCGCGAAGAACGACGAUAUUUCUAAAGAUAUAUCAUACAUACACACACACGAGCGCGCACACACACACACACACACACACACACACACACACACACACACACACGAGAAGAAACUGUAAAUAAACAAUCCGAUGGGUUUACAUAUCGAAACUGUGACAAUUACUAGACGAUAGACGAUUGUACUUCUAAUUUUAGCUAACCGUUAAGGGGAGGACAGUGCGAAGCCGCAGCGAAAAGAAAAGAAAGCGAAAAACUCACGCACAUGCAGAAAAAGAAAGCGCAGGCUUCGGAGAGGAGAGAGACGGGGCGCGUCUCGAUGUUUCUUGUCUCGAUGUAACGAUGGUAACCACCUUCCGUUAGUUGACGAUCGCAGUAACUAUCGGUUCUUUUUAUCUUAGACUUAACGUUAGUGUUACUCUCUCGCGAGCGCGCGAGUAUCGGGCGGCAGUCCGCGCGGAGACUGCCAAAAGUUAACUCUUUACCGCUUAUAAUCUUUCUUACGAGCGAAAAAAAUAAUAUAUAUAAAUAUACAUAUAUAUUUUGGACAAACAGAGCGUACACAGGACGUAAGAGACUAGUGAUACAAGCGCUUUCUUCCUCGCGGUGAAUUUUUCGGGGAUACAUAUCGCGCGCGCGAUGAGAGAGAGAGAGAGAGAGAGAGAGAGAGGGCCGCCAAAUCGGGGCUUCGCGAGCGACGCGAUUGCGCCGAGUGUCGUCUCCGCAGAAGGCGAGAGGAGUUGUUCCUCGGCAAAAUCGAGCGCGAGGAUCGUUCACGCGGCAGCGCGCGAGCGAGGAUGCAGGGAAAUCUCGUCGUGCCGGUCGAACGUCACCUUUCCGAAUCUCGAGAAAGAAGUGACAGACGGUAUUAUUGUGAGGGAAAUAGGCACGGCUACGGAUAUAUAAUAUUACGCAGUUCGGCAUGCGAGAGGUCUCUUUGUCGUUAUUUUUUAUAGGGAAAACAAAAUAGCGAAUUAGGAUGUCGCGGCGUACACGACAAGACGCGGUAAAUGCGGUAAAGAGUUAAGGCGAACCGUACAUCACGUAGGACGUAAGCGACGUAACGCGGGGGCUCCGAAGGAGAGACAACAAUACGCUGCGGCAGACAACGGUGGCGAGCGUGAUAACGAUGAUAACGAACGGCGCUCGAUGAUUAACGUCGUCGGUAAUUAAGGAGCUCGUUAAAGAGAUAUAAGAAAACGAAAAAAAAAAAAAAAAAAAAAAAACAGUCGAUGUAUAAUACAAUACUGCUCGAAAUAAAAGCGUUUCAAAACUGUAA